AUGUCGGAAUGUGAUGGUAAAGUUUCCUUCACCCAACAUGACACAACUGACUCAGCAAUUGGAUGCAGGAAUCAUUCGUUCAUUCAAGAUCGCUAUCGACGCAAGCUCGAAGUGCCCGCUCGAGUGCUGCGCAACUGCUCGUUGCGGUGCAGCAUUGUCGACGCGUCGACAGUGGCACGACCUAGGCAGGGAAACGAUUAUGGUCACGCGUUGGAUGUGAGCGUAGAAGAGGAUCUCGCAGCGCUGAUGAAGGAGAUGCAUGCUGCUGACGGUAUCGAUGCGUACAUUGACGCAGACUCAGCAGAGCCAAUCGAGUGUGCCCAGGAUGUGAUCGAACGAGUUGGGCCUGAUGCGGAUCAAGAUGGGGACAAUGACUCGGAGGCUGAAGCCCGAUACAACCUCUAG